AUGAAAACCUGGACACUCCUGUCUGCGUUGGUCCUUAUUGUUGGGUGCAUUGCGCUUUCAACACGGGGAAUCGACAUGAGAACGAAAGAGGACAAGCUUAGCCUUCUUCAGUCUUCGCGCAUUGAUCAAAUGCUCAUGGAUUUGUCAGCAGUGACCAAAGAAAGCAGCGACGAUGUGAAAUCGAUGAAGGAGAAGAUAAAGCAAUUGAGGAAACAAGCAGAGGACGAGAGAUCCAAAGCGGCAAAUUGGGACAAGACUGUACGAAAGCAGGAGACUGGCCUGAAGAAGAAACUGGAGAAAGCCAAAGAUGAUGAGUUGCUUUCGUCACAAGAUGAAGACUUGGCUCAAGAAGAUGUUGAAAGAGCCUCAAAGAUGAGGAAGCGAGCGCAGAGGCUCAAGGAUGAAAGUGAUGCCGCGCGUCGCAAAUUUGUUGCACAAGAACAUCCGAUCGAGAUGGCUACGAAGCUGGCAGGACAUGAUCAUAAGGAGUAUAGAAGGGCUGAGUUGGCUGUGGCUAGCGAGGUAGCAAAACUCUCGGAACACCCGAAUGACUCUGCGCUGCGAAAGAAAGUUGACCAUCUUGUGAGCAUUUCAAAGAAAGCGAAGGCAAGAAUGGAAGAUGAUGGCAAACUCCUGAAGAAGCUGGAGAGCAAAACAGCUGACGCUGAGCUUGGAGGGCAACGAGGUUAUGCACACUUGAGAGCGAAGAGUGUGGAGAUUGCCAAGCAGGCCGAAUCUGUCGCUGAAAAUGCUGUCUCUUUGGCAAAGCGAGGAGAAAAACUCAAAGCUGCAGCAAACAAGAUCACUGAGAAGGUUGUGAAGGAUCUCAAGGUCCCCGAUGCUCUCCACCUUCGUGCGCAAAAAGAGCGAAAGGCGUAUAAAGCGCAUAUGCUUUUGAUCCGUCGUUUGCAAGCCAAAAUUGACAAGUACAGCAAUGACAUGGACAAAAAGAAGAGUCACACUGCAGAGGAGUCUUCAGAUGAGAAAUAUGAUGAAGAGCGAACUGAGUUGGAGAAGAUCGCAAACGGAUCAAGCGACUCGAAGAAGAGGAAAUCUCAAGGUCACUCUUCGGAAGUGGAGCAGCUGGUUGCGGCAAAAGACAGCUAUGACCAACUGGAGGAGUUGGAAUUGAAGAAGGAGAAGGCUAAACUGCGGAUGGAAAGGGAGCACUCAUCAUCGCAAAGCUCGCAUUCUUCUUUCUCAAGUGAGACGGAAAGUGCACUAGCAAAGAAAGAUCAUCUGCUGAACAAAACUGCUAUCUCCUCGCCCAUUCCUCCAUCCCUUCUCUUCACACUCACUCAGCAUCUCCAUCUCGAUUUUCUCCCUGCCAACAAAAGUCCAUGGGAUACACAACGGACAAUCUAA